AUGGCGAAAACAGAAGAAUCUAUCGACAGACUAAGCACGUUGCCCAACGACGUCGUUACGCAAAUCCUCGCUCGUCUCCCAACAAAGCUUUCAGUGUCGACCAGCGUUCUUGCCAGAGGAUGGACCUCUCUGUGGGCCCACGUCCCCAAUUUGGAUCUCUACGGCCACGCCGCAGGCUGUCGUGUGCGGAUGACCUUGGGAGACGCCCCCGGCGGCGCACCAUCUCGGCACAUGCUUCAGAGCAUAAACGCGUCUCGCCUCAAUCGCGCUCAUGAUUAUCAUCACGUCAGGGAUGAAAUCCACAAGCUAAUUAGGUCUGCCCUCGCUUGCGAUCUUCUUAGUAUUGACAUUGAUAUUGAUAUUGACAUUGAUAUUGAUAUUAAUAAUACAAAUUUUAACAUGUUGCCGUAUUAUCCACCCCACUUCACUUGCGAAACCCUAGUCCAGCUGAGGCUUCACGCCACUGGAAACCUCCGAUCAUCCCAUACUGAAAACCUUCACUUUCCCAGCCUUAAGAAGCUAGAACUUUCUCAUUUUUUUUUAUGA